AUGGUUGCCCAGAAACCAAUUAUCCUUCUUCUUGUAUGCACUCUCGUUUGCCAAGGAGCCGCAGCCAGUGCGAAGCCGCUGGAUGUGUGGUACCUGGGCAGCCUGUACUCCGACUUGCACGGCAUCCGAGGGAAGGUCUACGCGGCCUCUGAAGAAACGCUGGUGCUUAGGGACUUCAGCUACGACGGUCGAGCGUCAGGAGCCCACUUCUCCGUCGGCAGAGGAGUCUCUCCCGACGGAAACGACAUCAUCGUGACAGAUGACACGGGCGGCUACAAGGCACUCAAGGCAUACCGAAACCAGACGCUGGUGCUCAAGUUGACGCCUGGUAAGAAGAUUACCGACUUCAACUGGUUCAGCGUGUACGACAGAAAAGCAAAGAAGAGCUUUGCUCACGUUGAAAUUCCGGCCAACCUGCACCUGCCGAUGGCGAGGACGGUGGUAACGCACCUGGUUGGCGACCACGCGAAUGCAAGCGCCAUCGUCAUCGAGGACAAGAACACGUUGCUGGUGCAGAACUUCUACUUCGACGGCUCGGUACCAGGCACGUACUUCCUAGUAGGAAAGGGUAGCGAGCCAGGAUCCUCGAAAGGAAUGAAACUCCCGGAUGAAAAAGGAAGUAACAGUGCACUGGGAAUGUACGCCGGCCAGAACCUGCGUCUCACGCUUCCCGAGAAUAUGACCGUGGACGACAUCGACUGGUUCGCGGUCUCCUGCACCAACUGCACCAGGCCUCUGGUGUACGGCACCAUACCGAAGCGCAUCAACGUGCCCCUCAACACAAGGUGGAUCAAGAGGAAGUCACGACUGGGUCUGCUGAGGAUACGGGACCCGCCUGCCAACCCGACCGACUUCACGAACUGCGAGACCGUCUACAAGGACACGAUUCAAGUGGGAUGGCAUCUGGACGCUGAUACCAUCACCUUCCACGUGCGCGCAGUGGCCGCUCUCAACACGUGGACCGCAUUCGGCCUCAGCGGCGCUGAGGACAAAAGCAUGAUGAAGGGCGCGGACGUCGCCGUGAUUUCUAUCAUUCCUCCGAACAACAAGGUCGUCGUGGACGACUAUUACUUGACGGAUAGGGUUCAGUGCUCCGGCAGCGCUGGCGUGUGCCCGGACACGGCGCUGUCCGGCACCAACGACCUGACGGUCAAGUCGGCCACCUUCGCCAAUGGCAUCGUCGACGUGGUGUACUCUCGCAAGCUGGACACGGGGGACCCCAAGGACAAAGCUAUAACCGCUCAGGCACCGAUGGCCGUGGUUGCGGCGCAAGGUCCGCUCAGCGAGACUCAAGCGAAUACCGUACUCUACCACACCAUGGUAGUGACCAAAGAUACCGUUACUCUGGAAUUCGCGAGGGCCACCCCUCUACGCAACUGUUCGGCGCUACCGGAAACGCCGCAGCCUGUUCCCGGCGGUGGAAGCCAACCGGAGCUCCUCGGAGGACGCGACAUGGUGGGAGUUAAGGAGUUCAAAGCCAACUUGGGACCCACAGGGAACUCGACCAUUGGCUAUCAGGCGAUCACAGGCAUGUUAGGGUGGGGCACCGCGUGGUGGAUAAACGGCGAGAUGAUUCCUGUGCUGCACGUCGAACGGGGGCAAACGUACAAGUUCAAAGUGCACGGCGGUAACGGCCCUAGCUUUGGCGCCAAGUACCAUCCUCUCUACAUCACCGACAACCCGAAAGGCGGCGGCUCGAAGGGUCAUAUGCUCUACGCUGGAGUUAAUCUCGACCCCGCCGCGAAGAAAAUUAACACGAGCAAAGGCGCAGGAGGUUACUGCGAGUACAAGGAGACGCCCGCAAGUAAAAAGGCCGCGACGUUCGAGGAGUACAAGAAGAGCGUGUUCUUGGUUUGCGACCGCGGUGAUCCGGUAGAGUUCAGCUGGACACCGGAAAAGGACACACCCGACGACCUCUACUACCAGUGCUACAGUCAUUAUUACCUCGGUUGGAAGAUAAAGGUACACGACAAAGGCAAGGGCCCGCAGCCCCCUCAACCUCCUACCCCUGCCCCAAAGCCAAAACCGCCAACAAAGCGGAAGCCGAAACCACCGGCGGAUAAUAAGCCGGAAAAAAGUGCCCACUCAGAAGACUCUGGCGGUUCUGGCGACGCCGUUCGACCGGCGCUUCCGCCGUUCAUGUUCGCCUGCGCUGCCGUCCUCGCCACACAUCUCCUGAGGCGACAAGCAAGUGACCAACAUGUCCACGGACCCCUGCAAGUGCUCGUGCUGGCCGUCUGCCUGCCUAUUCACCAAGGCGUGCUGGCCGAGUACUACGGCAAGUUCGUCGGGUACUUCAAGACGCUUGAGCACAAUGUCUCGGGUUCGGUGUACGCGGCCAGCUGGAACGCCUUCUACCUGGUCAACUUCACCUACGACGGACGCGGACCGGAGGCCUUCUUCUGGGUCGGCACCAACGCCACACCCGACAUCCAUGGCGAGCCCCUUGCGGACGAGAACGGCGCUUUGCGACCUCUCGGCGUCUACGACCGUGCGACGAUGCUCAUUAGGCUGAGAAGUAAUAGGAGGAUAGGCGACUACCGCUACCUGUCUGUGUACACCCCGCGUUCAUCGUAUCUGGGUGUCCUAAACGGCAUCGACGAGGUCAUCUCCGACGGCAUCGUUCUGCUGGACUCCAGAACCAUCUUUCUGCCGAACUUCAGGUUAUUCGGGUCGCGCACAGGAAAGGCUCAUUUCAUGGUGGGAAACGGCAGGGUCGCCACCGGCAACGGCUACGUGUUCGACGAGAGCAACGGAACCGGUGGUCACUUGGGCAAGAACGUGACGUUGACGCUGAGGGAAGGCUACAGCUGGGACCAGUUCGAGUGGUUCGCCGUCUGCUGCCUCAACUCGUCUCGGGACUUGACUCACGUCUGGCUGCCCUUCUCGGAGAGCCUCACUGUGCCCGUCUACGAGGCCGUCUCGACACAAGAAUCCGUGACGCCGUCCUCCUCGAGUCAUCCGAAGGCUGGUACUGCGCCUUCGCACGGAAAUGGCGCCGACAGAGCGUGGAACCAAUCGGCCGCUCGGAACCGGGGCCGACCGCCGGCCAGGGUUGACUCCGACUCGUACGGCGUGCGAAGGACGGUGCGUGUCGCCACUGCGGACGCGCCGGCGCUGCCGGACCUCAGCUACGACGGACGGGCCGGUCUGCCAAUCGGAAAUCUUCGACAAGCAGUGGUUGGGCGGUAUCAAGCACCCGUCGACCCGUCGAAGUUCGGCAACUGCGAGACCAUCGUCGACGACACGAUACAGGUCGCCUGGCAGCUCGACACGACCUCCAUCACCUUCGCCGUUCGCGCCAGGGCCAUGCCGGGCAUGUGGACCGCAUUUGGCAUCAGUGGCGCGCAAGACAAGAGCCAGAUGGUUGGCGCGGAUGUCGCGGUGAUCUUCAUCAUGAAGCCGAACAACAAGGUCACAGUCGCGGACUUCUACUUAACGGCCAAGUCGCAGUGUUCCGCGUCCAGCGGCGUUUGUGCGGACGACAAGCAGGGCGGCAAGGACGAUCUGACGGUCACGUCGACGAACUACGCCAACGGGAUUGUCGAAGCCGUGUAUUCUCGCAAGCUGAACACGGGCGACAAAAAAGACAAGCAGAUACCGCCCACGGGUCCAGUGGCGGUGGUCGCUGCACAGGGACCCACGAACGUCGGACAGCCGGACACCGUGCUCUACCACACGAAGAUAGUCACCAGGCAGCCCGUCAUGCUGGAGUUCGGCCGGGCCCCGAAGCGCAACUGUCCGGCGCUGUCCGCGCACCAGGCGCCACCCCCGGACAAAGGCAGCAAGCUGUUCGGAGGUCGAGACCUCUUCAAGAAGUACAACAUCGACACGUUCACCGCCCAAAUCGGACCGACGGCGGGAGAACGCGGCUACGAGGCCAUCACUGGCCAGGCUGGCUGGGGCAUCUCGUGGUGGAUCAACGGCGAACUAAUUCCCGUGCUCCACGUGGAACGCGGCAAGACGUACAAGUUUAUCGUCGAAGGUGGCUCGGACUCGUCGAAUUCGGCCCGCUACCACCCCUUCUACAUCACCGACAGCAGCAAGGGCGGCGGCUCCAAGGAGGAAGCUGCGUCCCUCGGCAAGCCGGGAAAUCUCCUGCUCGCUGGCGUAGUCCUUGACGCUCACAACAAGGUUGACGUAUCCAAGGGCACGGGUCGGCUCUGCGAGUUGCAGGAAGGACCGAACGGCGUGAGCGACAAGGCCACCACGUUCGAGGAAUACAACAAGACGCUGACGCAACAGUGCGACCAAGGUCAGCCGGGACAUUUCACCUGGACGCCCGACAAGACUACGCCCAACGUCGUCUACUACCAGUGUUACACGCACUACUACCUGGGCUGGAAGAUAUCGGUGACCAAUCCAGGCGAAGAGGACAAGCCUCUUGGCACCGGUGGUACAGAUGCAGGCCACCCUGGCGGUGGCGCGGGCCGAGCAACCAGGACUAUCCUAGUGUCGCCGCCGUUGCUGCUGCUUUUCAUCGGCUGCGUACUCGUGCGGCUUCCCUGACAUCCGCCUUUUUACUGUUUAACGUUCUCCGUUCAGUUCUUGUGUUUUUUGUUUUUAUAACACUCUUUUGCCUUAUGUUCUGCGAUAACAUUUCUUUCGUACCCAGAGUUGCACAAAGCCUUGUGCACAAGUUGCCCUGUUUGCUGUUCUGGCCAGUAAGAUGAAGUGUCCGUGAGCCGCGGAACAAUAUAUAGUUGUAAGCAAG